AUCUAGUUAUCUAGAAACUACUCAUGAAUCAUGAUCAUGAAGUAUGAAGAUAUAAAGAAUUAAAGAGGGAGAUAGGGAGCACGUACCGGUGAUGACUUUAUUUUAACAAAAGUAUAGAUUAAAGUUUGUUUUUUAUUGUAUCAUUCACUGUAAGACUUGAAGCAAAAGAUAUAAAAAUGAGCAUUAGCGGAUACAGUUCAAAGAGUAUCCUGUCUCCAAGGAACGCUAGGGGCUCGAGCAAGAAGAGCUCUUCAUUCCUUCAAAACAUCAUUAAAACACCGGCGAACAGAAGUGUUUCUGGAAGAUCCAACCAAUCAGUACAAAUAAUCCAUCGAACUGCUCAUCACAUCGUUGAAUCGUUUGGACUACCUCUACCUGUACUUGUUACUGAAGCUCUGAAAUUCUCUGACAGUUCAGCCGUGGUGAGCGUGGACGUGUCGAACGAGGGAUGGGCUUGGCUGGUGUGUGGCCGCCGACUGCUCGUGUGGCAGGCCAGCGGUCGUCGACUCACCAACACGCAGUGCCGCGAGUUGGCCCUGCCUCAGAGUGACCUCGCGCAUCGCGCGCAUCUCGUCGCUGUAUACACCACUGCUGGCAACCAGAUGCCGAGCUGCAUUGCCGUCUCGCCCGAGGGCCUGGUUCGCUUCUGGCCGUCGGUGGCGCACGAGAGCAGCUGCGUGGAGGCGUCAUGCAUGGCCUCGCUGCAGGGCGAGGAGUGCGACAGUCUGCGACUGCUGCUGCCAACGGGUGUCCUGCUGGCCACCACCUCGGCCACACUCGUGCUGGUCACGCCGCAGCCAACCUCGCUGCUCUGUCGGCCGCUCAAGGUGCCGCACAGCUGGAUCGGCGGCUUCUCGCGCAAAAUGUCCAACUACAUUUUCGGCGCGCAGAGCACACAGACUAUGGAGACGAAACUAGUGAAGAUGGUGACAAUCUACUCCUCUAAAGAUGGAAGCUCAGAAUGGCAAGUGUUGGUUCUUGCCGGAUACUCGGUGCAAAAGUGGCUACUGUCGGCCAACGCCUGUGAGCGCCUCAUCUACGAAUAUGACGUCACCAAGCCCACCAGAGAAGCAUUCCAAAUCUUUGUUCCUGAAUUGCAAAAUGGUGACAUUGAAAUAGGCCUUCUGGACAUGCAAAGAAUGGAUUCUUCCAUCCUUCUUUUGGCGGCCGCUAUGGGACCUCAAUCAGUGUUCCACUAUGCCCUAGCGAGUCUUAGUGCUGAAGGGUUGACUCCUCCUACCGAAACAUCCUGGUUUUACGUGUUGAAGUCGCCGGAAAUCUGCCAGUCUCUGAGUAGCAGCUCCUCCGAAGAGAGGUCUCUCCAGUUUGUUCUCAUUGGAAGCACAAUUUUCAUCUACAACCAGCGAUACAUCGUCGUUGUUCAUUCGUCUCCGUCAGGCGGCGAGGAAUUGGAGCCGAUAGAACUGAACGGUGCUCGCAUCCUGGGCGGCACUUCAUGCAAGUCGGUGCCAGUGUUCUUCACCUGCCAGCAUGGCUUCAUUUCGCUCGACUCCUCCGACGAUUUCAACGUAAGUGUUGCCAUGGACUGCACGGCUGUCUCCGAAACUGUUCACUCCGACAACGAAAUUGAAGAACUUUUGAAUUCCACAACCAGUGAUCGAAAAGACAGCUGUGAGUUGGUGAAGGCUGCUCUUCUAUUGUACAUAAGUAAAAAGGUUGCUCACAGCAAAGCACUGAUGCACGAACACUUUCCACCUGAUGCUGGCCCAACACUGAAAAUUGACGCCACUUUUGAUCUAACAAUCGUUCAAGUCAGCGAAGGAAUCAUUGAUGACAUUCCGUUCAAAGAUCCACGUUGGGCUGACACCAAAACUACGACUUCCACCUUGAACAUCAACUCUAACAUAACCUCUCUCCAGAUAUUAAACCAGUUGGAGGAAAAGCAGAAAGCUUUGGAAUAUUUCAUAGAUUUCCUAAAAGAUAUAAACCUGUGGAACCAGCUUGGUGGAAUAAAGUGUAGAGGCAGGACAAUGGCGACAACUUACAUGCUAGCAGAGCAUGCUGAAAAGAUAAUCGCGUCAAUUGUGUUACGCAAAUUACAAAGCAAAUUUCCCUCACAAAUUGAUUUGGCUAUUGAGGAGGUGUUGAAGAAGCACUCUAUGAAACCGAUUGGUGCUCUGAAUAAUCAGGAUAUUUUCUUCAGGAAAGUGAGUUUCGUUCACGAGGCUUUGCAGCAGAUAUGUAGGUGGUGCGACGAUUUGGUUAACAAGUCUCAAAAUCCGCAACAUGUUGCCCAGCAGAUCUUGUCUGCCAACAGUGUGCUGCUGGAAGCGGUACAAGCUGUUAUCCAAUACCGACAGCAGAAGUCUAGUAUUUUUGGCGACCGUCAAUCAGUUCAGAAUUUCAACGAGUAUCUGCCGUGGACUGCUUCUGCCGGUCCUGACGGUCUCUACGAUUUCCUAAUCACUCAACAAAAGUUGACAUUGGAAAACGGCGUCCGUGCUACGGGAGACAUCAACAUGCACACUGAACUGUUAGACCAGCUAGUCAACUUGGCUGAUGUUAUCUUGGACGGCCGCAAAUGUUACCUUGAGAGCAUCCGCGAAGAUUCGGAGAAAUUCAACUCAGAUAUUCAUAAGUAUGAAGUUGAUCGUUACAAUCUCAUAAAACCGUUCCUAGAUCAUGACGAAUUCGAAAGAGCUGCAAUACUCGCUGAGAAAUAUUGUGACUUUCAGAUUCUUGUAGAGCUGUGUGACAAGAUAGGUAAUAAAGAGAGACUAAAUCAGUACUCGGCCAAGUUUAGUAAACUGGAUUUUUCACAGUUUCUUUUCAACUGGUACAUGAGAGAAGGAAAACAGCGAGAUUUAGUUGAACAAUGUUUAAAACAACGAAUACUUGCCGAUAGACUUAGCACUCAUCCAUCGUUGUCAUGGCUGCAUGCGGUUUUCAGUGACGAUUACAAAACAGCUGCUCACACUCUGCUUGACUUGGCAAAUUCUGAAGUAGAACUGCUGGCGCGGAAGAAGUCGAUGAUCUCAUUGGGUAAACUAGCUCUACUAGCAGCCGGCGGUGAUGAUGACACCCUGGAAGACGUCAACUCUAGCUUGAAUCUCAUCUCCCACCAGGAAGGAUUGCCCGAGUCAGUGCUUACAGCUUACGGAUACAACUUUGACAAUGUCAGAGUCUUCUCUCCGCCGGAACUGAUCAAGUUCUACAUCUGCGAAGAGAAUCCAUCCAACUCGGAACUUGAUUUCAAGAAAGCACUAGACCUACUGCUCUAUAUCGACGAUGAAAUACUAAGGAUGGAAUUGAAAAACGAAAUCUGGUGUAAAGCUAUCACUAGGGAUUCAUGGACAGAUUUGGAUGCCAAUACCCCUAUCACUGCUAUUCAGGAACUUUUGUUUUUCAAGCUCGCCGACAUUUGUAUAACACUUGAUGGCAAUCUUGAUUGGAUGCCAACAAUCGAAGAAAUUCUCAGCUCUGAAGAAAUUGGUGAGCUUCGUGAAGACAGUAACUUUGAAUAUCUUUUACGAGUUGGGUACGAACACAUUAAUAAAACACUAGAUGAUAUCAUUUGAAGAGCAAAUGAUAAUUAUAGGCCUAAUAAUUAGUAAUUCGAAAUAAUUCUUGUUCAUUGCUAAUUUUAUAGUACUGUAUUAUUUUCUACAAAUCUUCAAAACAUGAAUAAAUGUGUUUUUAAUAAUAUAAGAUUUCUUAUUAAACUCAUUGAUCUCAUUCAUGGUAAUGAUUUUGCGACAUUGAUACAUAAGCGUAUGGCUUAUUCUUAUAAGAAUAACAUACAACUUUCAACAAACAUUCAACAGACUAACAUUCAACUAACACCAUGAGCCUAGACGUCAGUUUUCAUAAAUAUUUUGAACUCUUGUAAUUUAUUUGAAAUGUUUCCUCAUGUUAUGCCUAGUCCACACUAUCGCUCAGUCGCUGGCUAUUCUGGUAAGUUUGGCCACGUUAGUCUUGCCAUCCUCACUGCAAUGUGCAAUGUGACCAUUUGUGGAUGCUUGACUGGCCACUCGCCUUCGCUUGGGUAGCCUUCGACAAAAAACGGAGCGAUAGCAAGCAAAGGCCAAUUAUAGCAAACGCUGGCAAACCACCCAUUCACACUAUCGCGAUCGUCGUCAUUACUUGUACGCAUUGGGCGAUAGUGUGGAUGCGGCAGUAGAAGUAGAUGGUAGUACGAUGAACCAUGUAAUAAUGUAUAAGUCUGUGGAAUUCUUAUUCAUAUAUUACAAAAAUUGUGAAAUUUUAUUAAAGUACUACGAGUGCGGUACGGUACUAUGAGUUCGGUACUGUAGCCUACAUUAUACUCUUGUAAAACAAUUAGAUGUCAAUACCAUUCUCCUGUCUCCAUAUCCGUGCCUAGGCCUGAAACAGCCAACAACAAAUUAAUUUAUUAAAGGUUAUUAAAUUGAUCCUGCCGUUGAAUAACAGUGCAUAAUAUAUGAUAUUUUUUACCAAUAUUUUGACAUCCAGACUUUUAUUGCUAUAGGUGUUUGGUGUGUACCAAAAAAUAGGUAGUUCGUUGCAAAGAUGUCAAGCUCCUUGAAACCAACAAUGAAGGAUAUAAAGCUUUGAAAAUAUUUCUUGAAUGAUGAACUCAAAUAAAUAAUAUUUCAAUUGGGCUUUGAUGAAAGUCUCACUGAAUUUUAUAUAUUUUUUAUUAUAGAGCGGUUUGAUUAAUUCUUGUAACUCCAUUUGCAAUCAUGACAGUUGUAACGUCUUCAACAUUAUAAUUAAGUUACAGUAAUGUUACAUAUUUUCUGUAGGAGGAAAAAAAAUUAUAUAUGGUAACUAGAAUAUCUGAUCUUAUCUUAGCUUUUUAUCUUAGUUGCUUGGGCCUGCCACUAACCUUAUUGCAGGUCUGCCAAAAAUGCUUGUAAAAGCUUUUUGUGUUUGGCGAAAUGCUUCAAGUGAAAAACAGCUAUUUGAGCUUUGGCUUUUGAGUCUUCGAUUCUUUUUUGUUUAAUCUUUAUUUGCCGCUCUAUUUGAUGUUAUUUUAUUUUAAAAUCAAUAUAAUUUGUAGUUUUCCAGUUCGUACCUAGUUUAUUUAAUGUUAGAGCUGCUAUCAAACAAAAAGCUUGUUCACGCAUGAUUAACAGACCUGCAAUUAGCUAUCGUUAUUGGGCGGUCCAAUUAACUUAUAGUGUUUUUGACUAAAUUGUUUUCAAUUCUUUGGAAAAUAUGCAACAUGAUUUGUAAAAUGUGCUUGUUUAGAAGACUUUACGAUUACGAAUAUCAACAAAGACUCAGGUUUCAUAUAAAAACUGUGUCUGAAGCUGGAUUCCCAUAAAUGUCAGUAUUAGUGAAAGUGACUAGCACAGUAAAAGCAUAAUUUCUAUAUGAGUUCUUAUUGGAUUAUUUCUUGUCCGAGUGAGUACCCUAUGAAUUUAUAAGAAAACAUAAGGAAAUAUAUUCUCAUUUCUCACUGGACUACUGGGUAUAUGUAAUCACGACGUAAUCCUAUUAUAUUAAGAAAGCAAUUUCUGUAUUUAUAUAUC